AUGGAAUUUCAAAUCCUAAAAUCGUUACUAACCCUUUUCUUUUUCGUUUCAAUUACGAUCACCACCUCCGUCGUGGCUUCUUCUUCUUCCAUUACCCGUCCGGUGAAACCAUACAUCAUAAAGGCUUGCAAAACGACGCCGUAUCCACGCCUUUGCGAGAUCUCUCUCACUUUACAUGCGUCACAAACCAAAAGAACACAACAAGAGUUCUGCAGAGCGACCAUGACUUCUUCUCUCAAGACGACACGAGAUGCCACUUCUAUAAUCUCCAAACUAUCUCGCCAAAAGAUAUCUACCUAUGAAGCUAAGGUCAUUAGAGAUUGUGUUGAUAAUCUUAAAGACUCUACCGACGAGCUCCGUAGAGCUAUUGCCGCAAUCAAAAGCUUGAGUCGUGCUAAAGAUGCAAACUUUCAGUUGCAUAGUAUCAAAACAUGGAUGAGUGCUGCAGAGACCGACGCUAUGACUUGCAGCGAUGGGUUGAGCGGCGGCGCUGGUCGGAAGGUGAGGUCGAAGGUGAAGCAAGAGGUGAAGAAGAGUGUUGCGGUUGUGGUGAGACAUAUCAGUAAUGCCUUGUCCCUCCUCAACACCUUCAAAUACAAAUCCUGAGCUCACCUCAGCUUUUCAAACAACAUAAACAUCCAAACAACUGAGCUGCAUCAAACUUGUUUUAAUGUCAUUUCAAAGUAUAAAAUAUGUUUCUUUUGUGCAUUUUUAUGUAAAUCACGUACUAUAUAAACACGGUUUAGCUCAAUUGUGAUUGAUGUACAUGAUAUGCAUCGAUUUUAUA